AUGGGGCUUCGAGAAGCCUGUCCGGCCCCGCCUUCCCUGCCUGUGGAGGUCUUCGAACCCAGACUCCGGGCGCUGUCACCUUCGGGGUCUCGAAUCCCGGGCCUGACGGGGGAGGAAGGGGGCGCCGGGAUCGCGUGUCCUGUGGGAAAACGUGGCUGGAACCCGCACGCCUGGGUCCCGAGGUGGACGGGGGCUCGCAGGAUCCCGCGUACCGAUGGAGACAGACCCGGAGUGCCCGAGAGAGGAGAUGGGAGCCUGAGUCCGAGGGAGAAGGCGCCUCCGCGGGCCCAGACUCGGAUCGCAAUCCCGAGGGUGGAGGGCGCGGGGUCCCCGAAUUCCUCAGUCUCAGGGAGCGGGCGGCUGAGGAGACAGAGGCGCCGGGAACUCGCCCCGUCGCAGCUGCAGAGGGACAGGCUGACGGACUCCAGAGGUCGCCGCCUGCGUCCCCGAGCUCUGCCCCGCGUUCGCUCUCCCUCUGCCUGGGUGAAAAGUUGCCUUUUCUCCGUCGCCCGCACAGAUCGCGUCAGGUCUGCCCGGCCUCCCGAGGAAGCCAUGGGACCCCGCCACGCCCAGGGCCUGCUGCUGCUCCUCGUCCUGGGGGCCGCCGCCUCCACCGAGGCCCCAGAUGUGCAUUGUUUCAAGAAUGUAUCCAUGUAUAUAGAAGAGAAGGAUUACCAUGCAUUCACCUGGACCACAGAGAACGUGGUCACUUGUGACAGUGAAACAUUCUGCCAGGAAUCCAUACUAAUCAUUAAAGCAGGAACCAAGACAGCUAUUUUGGCCACUAAGGGCUGUAUACGUGCAAGCAUGGAGGAGAUAAUGUAUAUCCAGCACACCCCACCCCCAGGCCUGGUCGCAGUCUCCUACAGUAGCUACUGUGACAAGUCUGUAUGUAACGACAAAGACAAAUUAGAUGAGUUUGGGAAUCUACAAGAGAUCCCAGUCGCCCCCAUUGUGUCAGCAACCCUCCAAUGCCCAACCUGCGUGGCUUUCGGGACCUGUGUCAGUGCUCCUUCUCUUCCCUGUCCCCGUGGUACAACUCGUUGCUACGAAGGAAGACUUGAGAUUGCUGGAGGUGGUAUCGAGUCAUCUGUGGAAGUCAAAGGCUGUACAGCCCUGAUGGGUUGCAGGCUGAUGGCUGGAAUGUUAACAGUAGGACCCAUGGUGGUGAAGGAAAUCUGCCAGAACGAGCCUCUCGCUCAAACCCAAAAGGCUGAAGAUGGAGCCACCUGUCUUCCCAUUUCAGUUUAGGUUACACCUACUGCUGCCAUUGGUGCUGGAAUUCGUUGUCCAUUUUUCCUGAGAAGGUGCUUUUGGUCCUACGUGUCAGGACACCUUUUAUGACUGGGAACCUUGAGACUGCUGGUCAUCAACAGAUUGAGGUGGGGAUUUGAGGGAGAG